GCCACGCGAGGGUGAGACUGGUCAGGUGCUGAAGUCAAAGAAAGUUUCUCCAGAGCUUGUGAUUCCUCUCAACUCUCACUGUUGUUACUCUUACUAUUAUGUGCAGCCAAAAUGUCAUUCCCGUUCUGAGUUCAGAUUAAUACCUGCAUUAAAAAAAAAAAAUAAAUCGUUCACUUGCGUUAUGACAUAGCACCAGUUCCCUCCCUCCAACUUUAUCCUUUUAGGCUGACUCUCCUCAUUCCUUGCCUUGACCAACAGUAUGAACUCGGCGCCGCCCUGUGCCCUUGAGAGUAAAGAUGAGCAUGCAUGCCCUCGGGCCGGUAAAGGGAGGGGGACUUGUGAAGCAAAUCUCUUGAAGGCCUCCAGGAGGAGAUUUGAAGCAAAGUCUUAGAGAGAGAGGUGGGGGUGGGGGGGUGGUGGGUCAUGAGUAGGUUUUAGGGUGCAUCUGAGGCACGGAUGAGCACUGGGGCCUUGGAGGCCAUGAGAUGGGUGAGGGACAUGAUGGAGGAAGGGGCUAGAAUCAGUGCUAAGUGGACCACGAUAUUUGGGAACAGCAGUCUAUGCUUGGAAAAGCAAAACAUUUGAAGGGUACAAACAUUUGAAGACCCUAGGGUCCUAGAGGAUGGAGCUUUCUAAGGGUGCUGGAGCAGCAGCUUACAAUGAGAAAUCAGGUAGGAUCACCUCACUGUCAGACUUGUUUCAGAAAGCCUUUACUCAUAUAUGUCCUCAGUGGAUAAAGGGGAAUGCAGAAGGAGACUGUCUUCCCUGCAAGUGUUCAGAGACUGACAUCCUUGGAGAAAACGAUAGUUGGCAAAUACCCAUUAGUCACAAUGACUUCAAAAUUUUAAAAAAUAAUGAGAGUCAGCUGUGUGAAGUCCUCCGGAAUAAAUUUGGCUGUGUCUCUACCCUCGUCUCUCCAGCCCAGGAAAGUAACAGUGAGUCUCGGCAAGUCUUCAGAAAAAAACUGACUCCACGACUAGAGCUAUCUGUCUGGAAGGGUGAUCUCACCAGACAUGCUGUUGAUAUUGUGGUGAAUGCAGCCAAUGAAGAACUUAGACAUGGAGGAGGCCUGGCGCAGGCCCUGGUGAAAGCUGGCGGCCAAGAAAUCCAAGAGGAGAGUGAUUGGUAUAUUUCCACACAUGGUAAAAUACAAACUGGUGGGACAGCUGUCACAGGACCAGGGAAACUUCCCUGCAAACACAUUAUCCAUGCCGUUGGGCCUCGGUGGGUGGCGUGGGAGAGAGGGAGAUGUCAAGCUGAUCUGGAAAAUGCCAUGGUAAAUAUUCUCAAUUGUGUCACCCAUGGCUUUCCAAACCUGGAGACAGUAGCAAUUCCAGCCCUGAGCUCUGGGAUUUUCCAGUUCCCUCUGGAUUUGUGUACACGGAUCAUUGUGGGAACUAUCAGGCUUUAUUUCCAAGGGAAGCGACCGGCCAGUCAUUUAAAAGAAAUUCAUCUGGUAAGCAAUGAGGACCCCACUGUUGUUGCCUUUAAAACUGCUUCGGAAGACAUUCUAGGGAGUAACGAGCUGGGGUCCUCAGUGAGUCAGGGAGCCAUCCUUCCUUCCAAUACGAUGGUUGUGAGUCAGGGAGCCAUCCUUCCUUCCAAUACAGUGGUUGUGAACAGCAUGACUCUCCAGAUUGUCCAAGGCCACAUUGAACUGCAGCAGACAGAUGUAAUUGUUAAUUCUGUAAGUUCACCUUUUAAUUUUGAAGCUGGUCCUGUGUCGAAGUCAAUUCUACAACAAGCAGGACAUGAAAUAGAAGAGGAAUUUCACAAAAACAGGAAGCGGAAAUCUCAGGAUUCCCAGUUGGUAGUGUGGACAAAAGGAUUUAAAUUGUCCUGUCAGUAUGUAUUCCAUGUGUUGUGGCUUCCAACAUAUACUGACCGAGAUCUGAUAUUGAAACGUGCAGUGAACGAGUGUUUGCAAAAAUGCCUUAAACUAAAUCUGACUUCCAUUUCCUUUCCUGCUCUUGGGGCUGGAGGCAUUGGUAUUGAGGACAGUAAAGUAGCACAGAUUAUGUGUGAGGAAGUUUUAAAGUUUGCCCAAAAUCGUCCUGGAAAACAACUAACUAUAAAGUUUGUGAUCUUUCCUAAAAACCUGCACAUAUACAAGGCUUUCAGCACUGCAAUGGAGAAGAUUAAGUCCAGGCUCCCCAACAAUUACAGUGUCCCCCAGGAGGUCAGAGGGAACCAAGAAAAUGAACUAAAAGCUAAAUCUCCUGCCAUCCAUCUGAUGGGCUCUAACCGGGGAAAAAUGAGUGAGGCCGAAGAAUGGAUCCAAAGGAUACUGACCCACCAGGAUAAGCACAUCAUUGAGAAUAAUCAUAUCCUCUCCCUUGGAAAAAAGGAACAUGACAUUUUGUCUCAGCUUCAGAAAACCUCAAGGGUCUCUAUCACAGAGACUAUCAGUCCAGGAAAGGCAACUUUAGAGAUUGAAGGAGCCCAGGCUGACCUCAUUGAGGUGGUUAUGAAAAUUGAACGAAUGCUGUGUCAGGUUCAAGAGGAAAUAGCAAAAAAAAAGGAGCGAGCCCUUUGGAGCCUGGCAGGACAAUGGACUGAUCAGCAACCAAUACACCAAGAUGAAAUGAAAGAAAAUAAGUUUCUGAAAUGUCUAACGCUUUCAACUCCAGAAAUUCAGGAUCAGAAGAAAGAAUUUGAAAACUGUGGCUUGCAGGUUAUAAAGGUAGAGAAGAUAGAAAACAUGGUUCUCAUGGCUGCCUUCCAAAGAAAGAAGAAAAUGAUGGAAGAGAAAAUGCGUGGGAAACCUGUGAGCCACCGGUUGUUUCAGCAAGUCCCACAGCAAUUCUGCGAAGUGGUAGGCAGAGUCGGCUUUCAAAGGAUGUACUCAGUGCCCUGCGACCCACAGUAUGGAGCUGGCAUAUACUUCAUCAAGAACCUCAGAAAUCUAGCAUACCCGGUCAAGAAAACAUCUACUACAGAUAAGCUGAUCUGCGUGUUUGAGGCUGAAGUACUCACAGGCUCCUUCUGUCAGGGUCAUCAGGAAAAUAUUAUUCCCCCACUAAUGAGUCCUGGAGCCACAGAUAGACAUGACAGUGUGGUUGACAGUAUCUACAGCCCAGAAAUCUUUGUUAUUUUUAGUAGUGUGCAGGCCAUGCCCCGAUAUUUGUGGACUUGCAUCCAAGAUCCUGUAUGGUCACAGGAUUACUCAUCAAAACCAAUGAUGUAUCCACAGUCGACUUUGAGGGAACUCUCAAGAGGUAGCCCUGUUGAUUAAUCUCCAUAGAAUUUUAACAACUGGCAUGGCCUUGCUUUGUAGAAACUAACCAAUAAUGACCAUUGAUGGCUCAAAGCGUGAUUUGAAUGUGUUAAGUGGGUUGUUUGUAUGGACUAAUUGGGUUAUUGAAGGGGCCAGUUACAUACUACUAGCAUCUUAGUCUUUAUCUCCUGGGGCUGGGAUAGAUGUAUACCAUCAUCUAUUAUUCCUCUCCUUCAAGUUGUUCUUUCACCUCCUCUACUAUAAUAGCAAAAAUGUUUUGCAUGCAAUGAAAAGACUUUUCUAAUAUCUAAUCCAUUUUAUUUUCUAAAGUGGUGAUAGUGUAACAAAGCAGGAUGAUUUUAUAUUUUCCAGAUAAUCUUAUGCAGUGCUUUUGAUAACAAAAUAAAUCACCUUUGCUUUGAAAAAU